AGUUGAUGUUGGUGAAGAAUUCUACGCUGUCUAUACCCAAAACAGACCCUGUGUUGACGGAAAACUAGCCAGCAGUUAGCCAGCAAGCUAGCUAGGUCUGGCUCCCCAAUGGUUAUCAUGUCUGGCACAGCCACUGUGCUGCAACAAUUUGUCAGUGGCCUGAAGAGUCGAAAUGAAGACACAAGAGCAAAAUCUGCGAAAGAUCUCCAGCACUAUGUGACGACAGAGCUCAGAGAGUUGAGCCAAGAUGAAGCCACCACUUUCUACGAUGAACUGAAUCAUCAUAUUUUUGAGCUGGUUUCCAGCUCCGAUGUGAAUGAGAAAAAAGGAGGGAUUCUUGCUAUAGUGAGUCUGAUUGGAGUUGAAGGAGGCAAUGCCACCCGAAUCAGCCGCUUCGCCAACUACCUCCGCAACCUGCUGCCCUCCAGUGACUCGGUGGUCAUGGAGAUGGCCUCCAAGGCCAUGGGCCACCUGUCCAUGGCGGGGGACACCUUCACCGCCGAGUAUGUGGAGUUUGAGGUGAAGAGGGCACUGGAGUGGCUGGGCGCCGACAGGAACGAGGGCAGGCGCCAUGCUGCGGUUCUUGUCCUAAGGGAGUUGGCCGUCAGCGCACCCACCUUUUUCUUCCAGCAAGUCCAGCCCUUUUUCGACAACAUCUUCUAUGCGGUGUGGGACCAGAAGCAGGCCAUCCGCGAAGGGGCUGUGGCCGCUCUAAGGGCCUGCCUCAUCCUCACCACCCAACGAGAGACCAAGGAGAUGCAGAAACCACAGUGGUACAAACAAACCUUUGAGGAGGCUGAGAAAGGCUUUGAUGAGACCUUGUCCAAAGAGAAGGGUAUGAACCGUGACGAUAGGGUCCACGGCGCCCUCCUCAUCCUCAACGAACUGGUCCGCAUCAGCAGUAUGGAAGGAGAGCGCAUGCGGGAGGAGAUGGAGGAGAUCACCCAGCAGCAGCUGGUCCACGACAAGUACUGCAAGGAGCUGAUGGGCUUCGGCACCAAGCCACGUCACAUCACCCCCUUCACUAGCUUUCAGUCGGUGCAGCCGCAGCAGUCCAAUGCGCUGCUGGGCCUCCUGGGCUACAGCACACCCCAGGGCUUCCUCAGCUUCGGGGCCACGCCGGUGCCCGCCAAGAGCUCCCUGGUGGAGAGCCGCUACUGCCGCGAGCUCAUGGAGGAGCGCUUUGACCAGGUGUGCCGCUGGGUGCUGAAGUACAGGACCAGCAAGAACCCUCUGAUCCAGAUGACCAUUCUCAACCUUCUGCCGCGCCUCGCCGCUUUCCAGCCACACACCUUUACAGUUGAAGUUUGCCCCCUCCCAGACCAGUACCUCGCCGACACAAUGGGCUACCUGCUUGGCUGUCUGAAGAAGGAGAAGGAGCGCACGGCGGCCUUCCAGGCCCUGGGGCUGCUAGUGGUGGCAGUGCGCACUGAGAUCCAGCCCUACCUCACCAAGAUUCUGGAGAUCAUUAAGGCUGCGCUGCCCCCCAAGGACUUCGCUCACAAGAGACAGAAGACCAUGCAGGUGGAUGCCACAGUGUUCACCUGUAUCAGUAUGCUGUCCAGAGCCAUGGGCCCCAGCAUCCAGCAGGACAUCAAGGAGCUGCUGGAGCCCAUGCUGGCCGUGGGACUCAGCCCGGCCCUGACGGCAGUGCUCUACGACCUUAGUCGGCAGAUCCCCCAGCUAAAGAAAGACAUCCAGGACGGCCUGCUGAAGAUGCUCUCCCUGGUGCUCAUGCACAAGCCCCUGCGCCACCCGGGCAUGCCCAAGGGCCUGGCGCAACAGCUGGCAUCGCCCAGCCUCACCAACAUCCCAGAGGCCAGCGACGUGGGCAGCAUCACCCUGGCACUCAGGACACUGGGCAGCUUUGAGUUUGAAGGCCACUCGCUGACCCAGUUUGUGCGCCACUGCGCCGACCACUUCCUCAACAGCGAGCACAAGGAGAUCCGCAUGGAGGCGGCGCGCACCUGCUCCCGCCUGCUGACGCCCUCCAUCCACCUGAUCACCGGCCAUGGCCACGUGGUCAGCCAGACGGCCGUGCAGGUGGUGGCCGACGUGCUCAGCAAGCUGCUGGUAGUGGGCAUCACAGAUCCAGACCCAGAUAUCCGCUACUGUGUGCUGGCCUCUCUGGACGAGCGCUUCGACGCCCACUUGGCGCAGGCGGAGAACCUGCAGGCGCUGUUUGUGGCGCUGAACGACGAGGUGUUUGAGAUCAGGGAACUGGCCAUCUGCACCAUCGGACGCCUCAGCAGUAUGAACCCCGCCUUCGUCAUGCCCUUCCUGCGCAAGAUGCUCAUCCAGAUUCUGACUGAGCUGGAACACAGUGGCGUGGGCAGGAACAAGGAGCAGAGUGCCCGCAUGCUGGGUCACCUGGUGUCCAAUGCCCCCCGCCUCAUACGCCCAUACAUGGAGCCCAUCCUAAAGGCCCUGAUCCUGAAGCUUAAAGACCCAGACCCCAACCCUGGGGUGGUCAUCAGCGUCCUGGCCACUAUUGGAGAGUUGGCUCAGGUGAGCGGGCUGGAGAUGAGGAAGUGGAUGGACGAGCUCUUCCCCAUCAUCAUGGACAUGCUCCAGGACUCCUCCUCAUUGGCCAAGAGACAGGUGGCGCUGUGGACUUUGGGCCAGCAGGUUGCUAGCACGGGAUACGUGGUGGAGCCCUACCGCAAGUACCCCUCUCUUCUGGAGGUGCUGCUCAACUUCCUCAAGACGGAGCAGAACCAGGGUAUCAGAAGAGAGGCUAUCCGUGUACUGGGCUUGCUGGGAGCCCUGGACCCCUACAAGCACAAGGUGAACAUCGGCAUGAUCGACCAGUCACGAGACGCCUCUGCCGUCAGCCUCUCCGAGUCCAAGUCCAGCCAGGACUCUGCCGACUACAGUACUAGUGAGAUGCUGGUGAACAUGGGCAACCUCCCCCUGGAUGAGUUCUACCCGGCGGUGGCCAUCGUGACGCUGAUGCGCAUCCUGCGUGACCCCUCCCUCUCUAACCACCACACCAUGGUGGUGCAGGCAGUCACCUUCAUCUUCAAGUCCCUGGGCCUCAAGUGUGUCCAGUUCCUGCCCCAGGUCAUGCCCACCUUCCUCAACGUCAUCCGCGUGUGUGACGCUAGCAUCCGAGAGUUUCUCUUCCAGCAGAUGGGGAUGGUCGUGUGCUUUGUAAAAAUCCACAUCCGCCCCUACAUGGAUGACAUCUUCACACUCAUCAGAGAGUACUGGACACCUAACAACCCCAUGCAGAACACCAUCAUCCUGCUGAUUGAACAGAUCGUGGUGGCCCUGGGUGGGGAGUUCAAGCUCUACCUGCCGCAGCUCAUCCCACACAUGCUGCGUGUCUUCAUGCACGAUAUGAGCAUGGGCCGCGGGGUCACCAUCAAGCUCCUCAAUGCCAUUCAGCUGUUUGGUGCUAACCUGGACGACUACCUCCACCUGUUGCUGCCUCCCAUCGUCAAGCUGUUUGAUGCCCCGGAUGUACCCCUACAGGCCCGCAAGGUUGCUUUGGAGACGCUAGACAGGCUGACGGAGUCCCUGGACUUCACGGACUACGCGUCGCGCAUCAUUCACCCCAUAGUACGCGCGCUGGACAACACCCCCGAGCUACGCAUCACAGCCAUGGACACGCUGUCCUCGCUCGUUUUCCAGCUGGGCAAGAAGUACCAGAUCUUUAUCCCCAUGGUGAACAAAGUGAUGUUGAAGCACAGGAUCAAUCACCAGCGCUAUGACGUGCUCAUAUGUCGGAUCGUCAAGGGGUACACUUUGGCGGAGGAGGAAGAGGAUCCUUUAAUCUUCCAGCAUCGACAGCUGCGCAGUAACCAGGGUGACGUCGGUAGUGGCCCGGCGGAGGCGGGGCCAAUGAAGAAGCUCCACGUCAGCACCACAGCCCUGCAGAAGGCCUGGGGCGCCGCUCGGAAGGUGUCCAAGGACGACUGGCUGGAGUGGCUGAGGCGCCUGAGCGUGGUCCUGCUGAAGGAGUCGUCCUCCCCUGCCCUGCGCUCGUGCUGGUCUCUGGCCCAAACCUACAUUCCCCUCGCCAGGGACCUAUUCAACGCAGCCUUUCUGUCAUGCUGGUCUGAGCUGAGUGAGGAUCAGCAAGAUGAGCUGAUCCGCAGUAUUGAACUGGCCCUCACCUCCCAGGACAUCGCCGAGGUCACCCAGACCCUGCUAAACCUGGCUGAGUUCAUGGAGCACAGUGACAAGGGUCCUCUGCCUCUGAGAGACGACAAUGGCAUUGUUCUGCUGGGUGAGAGGGCUGCCAAAUGCCGUGCCUACGCCAAGGCCCUCCACUACAAAGAGCUGGAGUUCCAGAAGGGCGCCUCUCCUCUCAUCCUAGAGUCCCUCAUCAGCAUCAAUAACAAACUGCAGCAGCCAGAGGCAGCAUCCGGGGUCCUGGAGUACGCCAUGAAGCACUUUGGCGAACUGGAAAUCCAGGCCACCUGGUAUGAGAAGCUCCACGAGUGGGAGGACGCCCUGGUGGCGUACGACAAGAAGAUCGACAUGAACAAGGAGGAUCCUGAGCUCAUCCUGGGGCGCAUGCGCUGCUUGGAGGCCCUGGGCGAAUGGGGCCAGUUGCACCAGCAGUGCUGUGAGGAGUGGACUCUGGUCACUGAGGAUACGCAGGCCAAGAUGGCACGGAUGGCAGCCGCUGCAGCCUGGGGUCUAGGCCACUGGGACAGUAUGGAGGAGUAUACAUGUAUGAUCCCCAGGGACACACACGAUGGAGCCUUCUACAGGGCCGUGCUGGCUCUGCAUCAGGACCUCUUCUCAUUGGCUCAGCAGUGUAUCGACAAGGCCAGAGAUCUACUGGACGCGGAGCUGACAGCCAUGGCUGGAGAGAGUUACAGCAGAGCGUAUGGGGCCAUGGUGUCGUGUCAGAUGCUGUCGGAGCUGGAAGAGGUCAUCCAGUACAAGCUGGUCCCGGAGAGGAGGGACAUCAUCCGAGACACUUGGUGGGAAAGGCUACAGGGUUGCCAGCGGAUCGUGGAGGACUGGCAGAGGAUCCUAAUGGUUCGUUCGCUGGUCAUCAACCCCCACGAGGACAUGCGGACCUGGCUCAAGUACGCCAGUCUCUGUGGCAAGAGUGGACGUCUGGCGUUGGCCCACAAGACCCUGGUCCUUCUCCUGGGAGUGGACCCCUCGAAGCAGCUGGACCACCCGCUGCCCACCGUCCACCCCCACGUCACCUACGCCUACAUGAAGUACAUGUGGAAGAGCCAACACAAGAUCGAAGCCUUCCAGCACAUGCAGCACUUUGUCCAAGGGAUGCAGCAGCAGGCCCAGCAUGCCAUCGCCGCUGAGGACCAGCAACACAAGCAGGAGCUCCACAAGCUCAUGGCCAGGUGCUUCCUGAAGCUGGGUGAAUGGCAGCUCAGUCUGCAGGGCAUUAACGAGAGCACCAUCCCCAAAGUGCUGCAGUACUAUAACCACUCCACGGAGCAUGACCGCAACUGGUACAAGGCCUGGCACGCAUGGGCGGUGAUGAACUUUGAGGCGGUGCUGCACUACAAGCACCAGAACCAGGGCCGGGAUGAAAAGAAGAAGAAGCGCCACAUCAGUGGUGCAAGUGCCAACAGCGAGGCCAGCAACAGCGACAGCGAGGUAGACAGCACAGAGCACAGCCCUGUGCCCUCGCCGGGCCAGAAGAAGGCCAACGAGGACCUCUCCAAGACGUUACUCCUCUACACUGUUCCUGCAGUCCAGGGCUUCUUCCGCUCCAUCUCCCUCUCCAGAGGGAACAACCUCCAGGACACCCUCAGGGUCCUGACCCUCUGGUUUGACUAUGGACACUGGCCUGAAGUCAAUGAGGCACUGGUGGAGGGUAUCAAAACCAUUCAGAUAGACACCUGGCUACAGGUGAUCCCCCAGCUGAUUGCCCGCAUCGACACACCCCGUGCUCUGGUUGGCCGCCUCAUCCACCAGCUGCUCACCGAUAUUGGGCGCUACCACCCCCAGGCUUUGAUCUAUCCGUUGACCGUGGCCUCCAAGUCAACCACCACUGCCCGCCACAAUGCUGCUAACAAGAUCCUCAAGAACAUGUGUGAGCACUGCAACACACUGGUCCAGCAGGCCAUCAUGGUGAGCGAGGAGCUGAUCCGGGUGGCCAUUCUGUGGCACGAGAUGUGGCACGAGGGACUGGAGGAGGCCUCCCGCCUCUACUUUGGCGAGCGUAAUGUCAAGGGCAUGUUCGCCGUGCUGGAGCCCCUUCACGCCAUGAUGGAGAGGGGCCCGCAGACCCUCAAAGAGACCUCCUUCAACCAGGCCUACGGGAGGGACCUCAUGGAGGCCCAGGAUUGGUGCAGGAAGUACAUGCGCUCGGGCAACGUGAAGGACCUGACCCAAGCAUGGGACCUUUACUACCACGUUUUCAGACGGAUCUCUAAGCAGCUACCACAGCUGACCUCCUUGGAGCUGCAGUACGUGUCCCCCAAGCUGCUGAUGUGCAGGGACCUGGAGCUGGCCGUGCCGGGGACCUACGACCCCAACCAGCCCAUCAUCCGCAUCCAGUCCAUCGCCCCCUCGCUGCAGGUCAUCACCUCCAAGCAGCGGCCCCGUAAACUCACCAUCAUGGGCAGCAAUGGCCAUGAGUUUAUGUUCCUCCUGAAGGGCCAUGAGGACCUGCGGCAGGACGAGAGGGUCAUGCAACUCUUUGGCCUGGUCAACACACUGCUGGCUAAUGACCCAGCCUCUCUACGCAAGAACCUCAGCAUCCAGCGCUACGCAGUGAUUCCCCUGUCCACCAACUCUGGUCUAAUUGGCUGGGUGCCUCACUGCGACACCCUCCACGCCCUCAUCAGAGACUACCGCGAGAAGAAGAAGAUCCUGCUCAACAUCGAGCACCGUAUCAUGCUCAGGAUGGCUCCAGACUAUGACCACCUGACCCUGAUGGAGAAGGUGGAGGUGUUUGAGCAUGCUGUCAACAACACGGCCGGAGACGACCUGGCCAAGCUGCUGUGGCUGAAGAGCCCCAGCUCUGAGGUUUGGUUUGACAGGAGGACCAACUACACACGCUCCCUGGCUGUGAUGUCAAUGGUGGGCUACAUCCUGGGCCUGGGAGACAGGCAUCCAUCCAACUUGAUGUUGGACAGACUAAGUGGCAAGAUCCUCCACAUUGAUUUUGGGGAUUGCUUUGAGGUUGCCAUGACCAGGGAGAAAUUCCCGGAGAAGAUUCCUUUCAGACUGACAAGAAUGCUGACGAACGCCAUGGAGGUGACAGGGCUGGAUGGGAACUACAGGAUCACAUGUCACACGGUGAUGGAGGUGCUGAGGGAGCACAGGGACAGUGUCAUGGCCGUACUGGAGGCCUUCGUCUACGACCCACUGCUCAACUGGAGACUGAUGGACACGAACACCAAGGGAAACAAGCGAUCCAGGACCAGAACGGACUCCUAUACUGCUGGACAAUCCGUCGAAGCGCUGGAGGGGAUCGACCUUGGCGAGACCACACACAAGAAACCAGGAACCACCGUGCCUGAAUCCAUUCAUUCCUUCCUUGGAGAUGGCACUGUGCAGCCUGAGGCCCUGAAUAAAAAGGCUAUCCAGAUUAUCAACAGAGUACGAGACAAGCUGACUGGACGUGAUUUCUCACACGAUGAGACUCUAGACGUGCCAACCCAAGUGGAGCUCCUCAUCAAGCAGGCGACGUCGCACGAGAACCUGUGCCAGUGUUAUAUUGGAUGGUGUCCAUUUUGGUAGAGGAGCUACAUUGGUGAUCCAACUUGUGGUCACACUUCUUUUACACAGCCUGUUUUCAUCAAGUAACCAUGAACUUACUUGGUAACUAUGUACUUAAAUGGUUAAGUCAUGAGAGAUGAUCCAUGGCGAGGAAUUACAUUUCCAAAGCUCUUUAUCAAAUUAUGCCAUGCUGACAUUCACUUAGCUAAUUGCUUCCAAUUUGGUUCCCUCAUUUGUGUAUUUUCAAAGAAGGAGAAAUCAGGGGGGCUCGAGGAACGCUGAUUUAAAACAGAAAAAAGUAAAGAAGAAGCCUCCGAUAAUGAAAUUAGCGCCAAAUCCUUAGUUUUAAGUAAUGACUCAUUAAGCAUUUAAUCGCAGGAUGUAUUACCAUGUAAAGGUAACAGCUACAACUAUGUACAAGGUAACAACCUGGGCCUCGUUUCCCAGUUGUGAUGUAACUUAAGUAUUACAAUGAUCAUGUCAGAUGCAUCGUUAUUUAUGAGCCACAUUUUGAAGUGUUUCCCAAACAAGCACGUAGAGAGAACGUUCACUAAGUGCGUCGUUAGACCAUGUGACGAUACUCAUAGGAUCGAAAGAAAAGCAUCUCUGCUCUCGGAUCAGCUUUCUCCAUUCAAAUCUUACCUUAGCAUUAAAAUUGUUACACAAUACUGAUGAUGGAUCAGCUACUAGAUAUUACCACCUAUGGCUGCAAAUAUUGAGGCGGCUAAUUCUAAAUACUUACCCUAUAAUAAUGCACUAAAUCAAGAUGUGGCACAUGCGCACGUUGUUACACAUUUUUUAAAUAUAUUGUAGCAAAAGUUAUAGACAGUAGCCUAGAAUUGGCUAAAUAGAAUUCAAUUGAUUGAACAUAACAUUUAUUUCAAUGUAGCCUAUAAUGUAUUUAUAUUUUGCAGUCAUCUCAGUUUUCAUUUCAAGCAUUGUUUUAUUCUUCGCUUGUUUGUAACAAUUGCAAAGACAUUGGCAACUUUGUAUUUGUAGUCAACUUUGUUCUGACGUUAUCUGCGGUCACAUCUUGAUUCUGUGUUUUUGCGGAGAUCUUCUGUGUAUAAAGUGAUGUGGAAUGGCAAAGAAGCAUCUAACAACGCACUUAGCUGUUCUACAGGUGGUCUGAGGUAGUCAGUAAAUAACAAGUGCAACUUUAGUAACAAUGUUUUUGGGAAACAGCUCGGCUACUAAAGAUAUAUUGUAAGAUGGUUCUAACGAUGAUCUUAAUGCUACGAAGGCUCUGGGAAACGAGGCCCUGGUUAUUUGCUGGUGCUUAUUGCUCAAGGCACUGGCUGUAAGAGGAAGUGCUGCCCAGUGUUUUUUUUUUAUGUCAUUGUCAUCAUGCUAACGCUUUCUACUGUGGCCAUAUGUUAAAACAGUUUUUUUUUUUUUUUCACUUGUUGCAUUUGCUUCAUAGUCCUUCAUAGCCCUUCAUAGCCCACUAGUCCAUUGUAUUAUUGUGUGUUAAUGUGACUUUGAAUAACAUACUGUAUGCCUUUUACUAAUUUAAACAUUAUUGAAGGGUGUCCCAUGAUAGAAUAUGAAUGAGAGUAUUUGAUUUAAGAUGGUUGCAUGCAUAAUUCUAUGCCAAUAAAUAAAGAUCUAUUGAUACUUACA